GUGGUUUGGUGGUCGUGGCUGGGUUGGCCGUGGCUGGGUUGGUGGUCGUGGCUGGGUUGGUGGUGGUGGGUUUUUUUAUUACUUGAUUAAUUCUUAAUUAUAUACCCUUAUCUUUUUAUUAAACUUGCUUAGGAAAUUUUGCCUCGACCUCCGCAAACCCCCCCAAAGUUGCAACUAAAGUGGACCGGAGGUAGUAUAAAAAGUUAAGUAUUAUCAAAAAGAAUUUUCAAUUAAAAAAAAAUUAGAAAACAAAAACACAAAGUCUUAUAUGUGGGGCUAGCCACUAUAGAGAUUACUUUUCGGGUAAUGGGGGCUACUUGAUCAGUGUUAAAAGGGUUACUUUGUCGGUGUUAAAGAAUUACUCAGUCAGUGUUAUAGGAUAACUCGGUCGGUAUAACAGGGGUUACUUAAUCAAUGUUAUAGGGGUUACUUUAAGUGGCUACACGAUCUGGCCGACCGCAUACAAGACGAGCUGCAAAACAAAAAAAACUUUGAUAAUAAACAAGUCCUAAAUGGAGUUAAAAGUUUUAAAUAAGGUUUAGUGUUAACAAAAGUGCGAUUACGUGAAAAUAAAUUCCUAACUAAUAAUCGAACUUGAAUCGAAAAAGUCCUAAAGGUCCACACACAAGUAUUUGUACUACUAAUCCUUGGACUCUAACUUGUUAUGGUUAUAAAUUCUUCCUGAGUCAAAUCAAAACUUGUACCUUGUUUAAUUUUUUGCGAGUGAACAACAUUCCCUCCCUUUUAAUUCUCCUUAAAUCUCCACCCUUUUCUUGUUCCUUCCACAUUUUCUCUCUGAGUUGUUCAUUCAUCCAUAUUUUCUUACAUUUUCAUUUUCCUAUUAACAUUCAAUCAAUCAUCAUGUCUUCAGCUUUGGCUAUUCCCAAAAUCUUUCACUCUUUUAAUCAUAACUAUACUUAUAAUAGGUCCAAUGACAAACUCCUUGUUAAAUCUUUCCAACCAUCUUUUCUUAGUUCUGUUAAAAAACUUGGCAUUUCUUCAAAAAUACCCUUUUCAUCCUCUGAGGUUGUUAAGGAAAGGAAAUCCAAAUGUGCUGCUUCUCCUUCAAGUCAGUUGAUUACUAAAGAGGAAGGUCUGUUGCUUUAUGAGGACAUGACUUUGGGUAGAAUGUUUGAGAAUAUGUGUGCCCAAUUGUAUUACAGGGAAAAAAUAUUUGGAUUUAUCCAUUUAUACAAUGGGCAAGAGGCUAUUUCAACUGGUUUUAUCAAAUUAUUAUCACAGAAAGAUUCUAUUGUUAGUACUUAUCGUGAUCAUGUUCAUGCCCUUAGCAAGGGUGUCCCUGCUCGCGCUGUGAUGAGUGAGCUUAUUGGUAAGGCCACUGGUUGCUGCCAUGGGCAAGGAGGGUUAUUGCACAUGUUCUCCAAGGAGCAUAACUUUCUAGGUGGUUUUGCCUUCAUUGGGGAAGGAAUUCCUAUUGCCGCGGGAGCUGCAUUUACGAGCAAGUAUAAGAGAGAGGUGCUUAAGGAGAAGUGUGAUGAUGUGACAGUGGCGUUCUUUGGAGAUGGGACUUGUAACAAUGGGCAGUUCUUUGAGUGUUUGAACAUGGCUGCAUUGUGGAAACUCCCCAUUAUUUUUGUAGUGGAGAACAAUUUGUGGGCAAUUGGAAUGUCCCAUUUAAGGGCAACUUCUGAUCCCGCGAUUUGGAAGAAGGGACCUGCUUUUGGGAUGCCAGGAGUCCAUGUUGAUGGAAUGGAUGUUUUGAAGGUGAGGGAAGUGGCUAAGGAGGCUGUUAACAGGGCUAGGACCGGUGAAGGUCCUACUCUCGUGGAAUGUGAAACUUACAGGUUUAGAGGACACUCUUUGGCAGACUCUGAUGACCUUCGUGACCCUGCUGAGAAGGCUCGCUACAGAGUUAGAGAUCCAAUAGAUUGUUUGAAAAAGUACUUAAUCGAGAACAAGUUGGCUAGCGAAGCUGACCUCAAGGCAAUUGAGAAGAAGAUAGAUGAACUAGUUGAGGAAGCUGUUGAGUUUGCAGAUCAAAGCCCUGCUCCACUUCGAAGCCAACUUCUUGAGAAUGUGUUUGCAGAUCCAAAGGGAUUCGGAAUUGGACUUGAUGGUAAACACAGAUGUGAAGAUCCUAACUUCACACAAGGAACUACCCAAGUUUAACUUUAUACAGAUGUUAAUUUACAUUGUUCUACACCUGAUGUCAUUAGUCGUGUGUAAUGAUCAUUAGGAACCGUCAGGUAAAUUCCCUGAUUGAGUUUAACAAGCUGAUUUGU